AUGGAGGGACAGACCCAAGAAAGCAGAGGCCUUCCAGAAAAGCCCCUCCCUGCUGCCACCCCCAGUUUGUCCUCUCUGGGUGCCAUCUUCAUCCUCCUGAAGUCCGCACUGGGGGCCGGCCUGCUCAACUUUCCCUGGGCCUUCUACAAGGCGGGUGGGGUGGUCCCCGCCUUGCUCAUGGAGCUGGUCUCCUUGGUCUUCCUGGUCAGCGGGCUGGUUAUCCUGGGCUAUGCCGCCUCCGUCAGCAGCCAGACCACUUACCAGGGCGUUGUCGGAGGGCUCUGUGGCCCCACUAUCGGGAAGCUGUGCGAGGCCUGCUUCAUCGUCAACCUGCUCAUGAUCUCCGUGGCCUUCCUCAGGGUGAUCGGGGACCAGCUGGAGAAGCUGCGCGACUCCCUCCUGCCCAGCACCCCGCCGGCCCCGCAGCCCUGGUACGCAGACCCGCGCUUCACCCUGCCUCUGCUCUGCGUGCUGGUCAUCCUGCCGCUGUCCUGUCCACGGGAGAUCGCCUUCCAGAAACACACGAGCAUCCUAGGGACCCUGGCUGCCUGCUACCUGGCCCUGGUCAUCACGGUGCAGUACUACCUCUGGCCCCAGGGCCUCGUUCGCAAGCCCCUUCCUUCACCGAGCCCUUCCUCCUGGACCUCUGUGUUUAGUGUCUUCCCCACCAUCUGCUUUGGAUUUCAGUGUCAUGAAGCGGCCGUCUCCAUCUACUGCAGCAUGCACAACCAGCGCCUCUCCCACUGGGCCCUGGUUUCGGUGCUUUCCCUGCUGGCCUGCUGCCUUGUCUACUCGCUGACAGGGGUUUAUGGCUUCCUAACCUUUGGGACUGAAGUUUCUGCUGACGUCUUGAUGUCCUACCCGGGUAACGACGUGGUCGUCAUCGUCGCCCGGGUCCUCUUUGCUGUCUCCAUUGUGACUGUCUAUCCCAUCGUGCUCUUCCUGGGGAGGUCGGUGAUGCAGGAUUGCUGGAGGAGGGGCUGCUGGGGAGCCUGGGUGCUGUCCGACCCCUCGGGGCCGUGGGUCCGGAUGCCACUGACCAUCCUGUGGGUCACCGUGACACUCGCCCUGGCCCUGCUCGUGCCCGACCUGAGCGAGAUCAUCGGCGUCAUCGGCAGUAUCAGCUCCUUCUUCAUCUUCAUCUUUCCGGGUUUGUGCCUCAUCUGUGCCGUGGAUGUCGAGCCCAUAGGACCAAGACUCAAGUGCUGCUUGGAGGUCUGGGGAGUGGUCUCUGUGCUGGUCGGCACCUUCAUCUUUGGGCAGAGCAUGGUGGCAGCUGUCCUGCAGCUGUUCUGA